CGCGCCAUGGCGGACGUGCUGGGCGGGCGGCGCCUGGUGACCCGGGACGGUGCGGCGGUGGAGGCCGAGGCGGCGCUGCAGAACAAGGUGGUGGCGCUGUACUUCGCAGCCGGCCGGUGCGCGCCCAGCCGCGACUUCACGCCGCUGCUGAGCGCCUUCCACGCGGCGCUGGUGGGCGAGGCGCGGCGGCCCGCGCCCUUCGAGGUGGUCUUCGUGUCGGCCGACGGCAGCGCCGAGGAGAUGCUGGCCUUCAUGCGCGAGCUGCACGGCGCCUGGCUGGCGCUGCCUUUCCACGACCCCUACCGGCAUGAGCUGAGGAAGAGGUACAACAUCACAGCCACCCCCAAGCUUGUGAUUGUGAAGCAAAAUGGGGAGGUCAUCACCAGCAAAGGGCGCAAGCAGAUCCGGGAGUGGGGGCUGGCCUGCUUCCGGAGCUGGGUGGAGGCAGCGGAUGUCUUUCAGAACUUCUCCGGUUGAAGCGGGCGGCAUCUCAGAGGGCCGAGACAGCUUUAUCCACCUGUGCUUAAGAAGAACCCUGAUGUAUUCACGCUGAGCUGCCCGAAGUCUAUGCAAAACAUUUAAUUGUACAGAUCUCUUCAGGUAAAAUGAUGUAUUUAUUGAUAUAUUUUCUGGUGAUCUAUUUGUUUUAAUGAUAUACUUUUAUAACUAUAUUAAUAAAGUUCGCAGACUGUAUGCUUUGUAAUAAUAAAUAAACAAGCCUGUUUCCACCUCGA